AGUUUGCUACGGGACAAAUCCCCUUCAAGAAGCAGGUUUGGCGCCAUGGCAGAUUCCUCGAGCUUGUCAUCAUCCCAUCAUUUCCAGCUUGUAGCAAUCCAAAUUAUCCAAUUCUUUAGUCGAUGAUGGCUCCAUAACGCCAUUAAAUAUCGGAGCUUGAUGCAGAUGACCAGCCCUACAAGAGCACACCAGCCGAGCGCCGGAGAAAGGAGAAGAUGGGCGAACUCGGCUCGCAUCCCGAAAGACUCCUCCGCCCGCUUUCUCGACGGGAUUUAGUGGAAAAUUUUGGAGUAUUUUCUUCUAAUUUUUGAAGAUUUGUUCUUGUUCUUUUGCUAUUUGUUGCAGGUUCUUGAAGGAUUCCUUGUGAGGAUAGCAUCGAGAUCGAAUAUUUUUGGUUACAUAUCAACGUUUUUUCGUGGAAUUCCGUGUUGUUUAUGCUUUCCUUCUUCGGAACCGAGACACCAAUCUCGCUUCUUUGACCUAGCAAUUCCUAUUUCGAUUUGUUCUCAUCGGUCAACACAUCCUAAUUCUUGGCUAAUAGUCGUUGGAAUUGGGGGAAACGAGUACAUGGGGAAUGGAUUGGCUUGCAUGCCAAAGAAAGACCUCAGAGGCGGCAUCGGGUCUCGUAGCAGAAGGGGUUCCAACUCGAGAUCACAGAGGAAGACGGCGGCAUCCGAGGAGGAGCUAUUGCACCACCGGGCCCUAGCGAUGGCAAUUCACCAGCACCAGUUGUCUCAACGCUUCGAUGGAUCGAUGUCUCGCAGGAUUGGUUCCGCGAGUUCUCGAAGAAGGGACCUUCCUGAUUCUGUCACAAAUGGAAAGCUGCCUCCUGCUUUUCUAGAGAAUCUUGAGACAAGGAAAAUUAUUCUAGUACAUGGAGAAGGAUUUGGGGCAUGGUGUUGGUACAAGACCAUGUCUCUUUUGGAGGAAUCAGGACUACUUCCUGUUGCUUUAGAUCUCACAGGUUCUGGCAUAGAUCAAACAGAUAUCAAUAGCAUCACAUCCUUAGAGGAUUAUGCAAGGCCCCUCGUCACUUGCCUUCAAAGCCUUCCAGACGAUGAGAAGGUUAUUUUGGUUGGUCAUAGUUGUGGAGGUGCGAUUGUUUCAUAUGCUCUAGAAAGCUAUCCAAGAAAGGUAUCAAAAGCAGUAUAUGUGUGUGCCACAAUGGUAUCGAAUGGGCAGAAACCUUUCGAUGUAUUUUCGGAGGAACUAGCAUCUGCGGAUCUUUUUUUGCAAGAGUCACAAUUUCUAGUGUAUGGAAAUGGAAGAGAUAAACCUCCUACCAGCAUCAUGUUUGACAAACAACAAAUCAGGGCACUAUAUUUCAACCAGAGUCCACCAAAGGAUGUUGCUUUGGCCACGGUAUCAAUGAGACCCAUCCCGCUGGCUCCAAUCAUGGAGAAGCUCUCCCUCACCACAGAGAACUACGGCACGGUCCGACGAUACUUCAUCCAGACGCUCGACGAUCGCAUUCUCUCGCUCGAUGUCCAAGAGAGAUUGGUCCGCGAAAACCCCCCUCAUGGCAUGUACAAGAUCAAAGGCAGCGACCAUUGCCCCUUCUUCUCAAAGCCACAGACACUGAACAAGAUUUUGAUCGAAAUUGUGCAGAUCCCUUUGGAAAACGCCCUCAAUGAUCCUUCAUGAGGUUACAUUACAAAGUGAUGAGGUGAAACCACAGAGUAAAAGCCAUACUGGAAAUGACAAACGUUUUGCACAGGAUUCUUAGUUCAGCAUUCAUUGUCGAUGCUAAGGUUUUCAUCUUUCACCAUAAAUUACAAGUUUAUCGACCACAGGCAUACUUUCGAUGGAGUUGGUAAAGACAACGUUUAAGACACGGGACUUGUGGAUGUGGAUCCGACCCAUAUAAUUAGUGGAUUGGGUUGGUUUGGAUCGAAUUAGCAGGUCGUAGAAUGUAUCCUUGUUCGGAAUCCAACCCGUUAACAUGAACGGAUCAUCCUAAACGGGUCGCAUCCCGUCGGGUCGACCUUUUGUUCUUGUAACUAACAUUCCUCUCUCUCUCUCUCUCUCUCUCUCUCUCUCUCUAUAUAUAUAUAUAUAUAUAUAUAUAUAUAUAUAUAUAGGAGGGAGGGGAGAGAGAGAGAAGGCGAUCUUUGUAACUAACAUUCCUUCUCCAUAUAUAGGGUGAGAGAUGGGGAUGGCGAUCGAGAUCGCAGCCGAUCCAAGAAUUUGAUCCCGAUGGAAGCCUCCGCUUCAUCCCACCCUGAUUUCUACGAUUUCGUCCCUCUCGGAUGUGGCAAUCGGUCGCCCGGAUCUCUUUUGCUCCAUCAAAAGCUCUCUCCACUCGAUUUGAAACGAUAAAGCAAAAAAGAUGAAGCUGCAAGCCUGCCGAAUUAGUUAGCAGCGCCGGUAGCUGCCAUGAGUAGUCACCACGACGAGGUCCUACAGACACUGAAGUCGGCUUCAUCAUCAGCUUGCAGAUGCUCAAUAAAGCUUGCAACAAACAAUGCAGAGGAUGCGUUCAUGUUGUUAUGAAAAAAUAAAAUCUAGAUUUACUGUACCAGCUUUAUGCUUGGCAUUAUUUUCGAAACCAUGUUAAAAGAUUUUAAAUUCUUUCGAUCCAAUGUCAAAUUUUACCCCUA